CUUGGGAGCCGAGGAGAGUAAAUACAACAGGAGCGCAAAAUGGCGGAACCGCCGAGUCCGGUGCGCGGCGCCGCUGCCGCCGCCGCCGUCCCAGAGAAAGAAGUAUUUGGCAAGCUGCAGCCCUUCUCCCGGGACCCACGCGGCACCUUCGACUCAGAGCUAUGGCAGCCCCGCGUCUUGGAGCUUCGCCGCGCUGUCUGCUGCCCCCUCCCCGUCCUCUUCUCGGAGCUGUUUCUCUUUCUCCGCCGGCGCGGCCGUGCCCUCUGCAGCCUCCGCUUCCUUGUCUCAGCCGGUGCCGCGCAAAGUGCUGGUGCCUCCUACGCUGCUGCACACUCAGCCUCACCAGCUCCUGCUGCCGGCCGCCGCUUCCGCGGCCAACGCCAAGCCGCGCAGACCCAAGGAGAAGCGGGAGAAGGAGAGGAGGCGGCACGGCCUCGGCGGGGCCGGCCGCGAGGAGAACGGCGAGGUGAAGCCGCUGCCGCUGCCGCGAGAAAAAGUCAAAGUUAAAGAGAAAGACAAAGAAAAAGAAAAAAAGAAGCAUAAAGUAAUGAGUGAGAUCAAGAAAGAGAAUGGAGAAGUAAAGAUUUUACUGAAAAGUGGGAAGGAGAAGCCAAAAACAAAUGUAGAAGAUUUACAAAUUAAAAAAGUAAAGAAGAAAAAGAAAAAGAAACACAAAGAGAAUGAAAAACGGAAACGUCCGAAAAUGUAUAGCAAGUCUAUACAGACCAUCUGCUCAGGAUUGCUGUCAGAUGUUGAAGAUCAAGAAGCCAAAGGCAUCCUAAGUGAUAAUAUAAAAGAUUACAUUGGAAAGAAUUUGGAUACAAAGAACUAUGAUUCCAAAAUUCCAGAGAACAGUGAGUUUCCAUUUGUCUCAUUAAAGGAGCCACGAGUUCAGAAUAACCUGAAAAGGUUGGACACUUUGGAGUUCAAGCAGCUCAUUCACAUUGAGCACCAGCCUAAUGGAGGUGCAUCCGUUAUCCAUGCCUACAGUAACGAACUCUCCCACCUGUCUCCUAUGGAGAUGGAGAGGUUUGCAGAAGAGUUUGUGGGUCUGGUGUUCAGUGAAAAUGAAAACUCUUCUGCUUUCUAUGUAAUGGGGAUUGUUCAUGGGGCAGCUACUUACUUACCUGACUUUUUAGACUACUUUUCAUUUAAUUUUCCCAAUUCACCAGUGAAAAUGGAGAUAUUGGGAAAGAAAGAUAUAGAGACAACGACUAUGUCCAAUUUUCAUGCUCAGGUGAAAAGAACAUAUUCUCAUGGUACUUACAGAGCUGGCCCAAUGCGACAAAUCAGCUUGGUGGGAGCCGUUGAUGAAGAAGUGGGAGACUACUUCCCUGAGUUCCUUGACAUGCUGGAAGAUUCACCGUUUUUAAAAUGUACACUGCCAUGGGGGACACUGUCUAGUCUAAAACUAGAGAGUCGAAAAGAUAGUGAUGAUGGGCCCAUCAUGUGGGUACGUCCAGGAGAACAAAUGAUCCCUGUGGCUGAUAUGCCAAAGUCACCUUUCAAAAGGAAAAGAACGACCAAUGAAAUAAAAAACCUUCAGUACCUACCUCGAACUAGUGAGCCUCGUGAGAUGCUCUUUGAAGACAGGACAAGAGCUCAUGCAGAUCACAUAGGACAAGGUUUUGAGCGACAGACGACAGCUGCUGUUGGAGUGCUGAAGGCUGUACACUGUGGAGAGUGGCCCGAUCAACCCCGAAUAACCAAAGAUGUAAUUUGUUUUCAUGCUGAAGAUUUCUUAGAAGUAGUUCAACGAAUGCAGUUAGAUUUACAUGAACCUCCUCUGUCCCAGUGUGUCCAAUGGGUUGAUGAUGCAAAACUUAAUCAGCUGAGGAGGGAAGGCAUUCGAUAUGCCAGGAUUCAGCUGUAUGAUAAUGACAUUUAUUUUAUUCCAAGGAAUGUUGUUCAUCAGUUCAAGACAGUUUCAGCUGUAUGCAGCUUAGCCUGGCAUGUUCGGCUCAAAUUAUAUCACUCAGAGGAGGACACUUCUCAGAACACAGCUACUCAUGAAACAGGCACUUCCCCAGACUGCUCAUCAUCAGUUCCUGGACCUCACCCUGACAGCACGCGUUGUGCUGGGAGCAAAACCUCUGUGGAUUCUGGUUUUUCAGACAAACUUCAUUCUAAAUAUGAAUUACAGCAGACUAAACACGAACCCAUUGCUUCUGUAAGAAUCAAGGAGGAACCUGGGAAUGUUAAUAUUUCUGAAAAGACUAGAGCAUCGAAUAAUAUGGAUGGCAAGAAUGUUAAAGGAAAAUUGGAUCAUGUUCAAUUUACAGAAUUUAAAAUUGAUGUGGAUUCUAAAUUUGAAAACAGCAGCAAAGAAUCAAAGGAAGAAUUGUGCCCUGGAAGCCUCAUAAAUCUGAUAGAUACAAGGCAACCUAGUUCAGCACAUUCAAAUCAAGAUGGAAAAGAUGAUGACAUUUUGUGCUAAGUUUGUACAUACAGAAUUGUGUUUUUUUAAUUAAUAAUGUAAUAAAGAUUCAUGAAUUCUGAAAGCAAGCCAAGGACUUGCUCCCACAUCUGUUACAAAAUAUAGUUUAUGUAGCUUUGUAACAUUCCUCAGUGCCUGUCCAUAACUGUGAAGUAUGAAGCACUUAGGGCCAGUUGCACUGUAAACAUUGCAGGUUUAAACAUAAAAGAGUCUUUAAAAAAUCAUUUGAGUUGGAGUUACAAGUUUUAGAAUAGAGCUGACAUUAACAUAUAUAUUUUGUAAUAUGAGCCAGAAUUCUUUUUUGACAACUUAAGGCUUUUCCAUAGAGCUUAUUUAUACCAAUUUUUUUUUUCAUUUUAAUGUGUCAGCACUGUAGUGUAAAUAGCUUUAAAAAGUUUUUUAGUGUGAUUUAUACGAUGUGAGCCACUCAAUAAAGGUUCAUAAUAAUAAAUAUGUUUUCUGUUGGGUCUGCAAAGACAAAUUGACAAUUCAUUUAAAUCAUUUGUUUGAUAUAUUAUGUUUCUCUGUUAAUAUAUCCAUUUAGAGUGGUAAUGAAGUGUAAAUGUACGCAUCCAAAUCUAGUAAAUAUUUAAAUUCUCACACUGUGCAAGCAUUUUAAAAGAACCAAGAUUCAGUUAUGAAAGCAUAUAUGUGUGUAUGUAUGUAUGGGAAUGUAUAUAUGUAUAUCAUUUUGUGUAAUUUCUUAUGUUGCUGAUAAGAUGAAUAUGUGACACUUCUUAGCCCUAUUCCCUGGAAUACAUUUUUAAAUAUUUAUAUGCAACAUUAAGAAAGCAGUUUAGUUAGUAGAAACAGUUUUAGAAAGUUGGGGUAAACAAGGUAUAUUAAUGAUACCGAACCCUUCUAUCUAAUCAUGUGGCCAGAUUACAUAUCCCUAAUGGAAAUUUCCUUUGCUCUAUAUGGAAUAAGUUUAGAAGAUUUUCUUACUAAUAAGCAUCUGUGUUGUACUUAGUGGUAGCUAAGUAAGAUAUGGUUAGCUGCAGAAAGUUUAAUUGUAAUCAGUUACAAUCCUCUUUUACAUUUUUCUUCCAAAAUGCGAAAAAAAAUACGGCAGACACAAAAUCAUGACAUAAGGGCAAUGACAAUGACUCAAUUGCCGUAUAUACAAGAUAUAACAGAAUACGGUGUUACCUCAUCGUUCUCAGGAUCUCCUGCCCACCUUAGCAAGGCAAACAACUCGUAACACUUCCUUUUCAAAAGAAGCUCUAAAGGACACUGCAGUAGGAAACAAGACAGUGUGUACAGAUGAGUAAAACCAAUCUCUUUGAUGCUGGGCUUAAGCACUCUCAGACUGCUUCCACUACUGUUAGGAAAGUCAGACAAGAGCCUCUGAUGUAUGCAUUGAUAAAAGGAGCUCUGCUCACUGCAAAUGUGUUUUAUUUUAUUUUUGGCAUUAUUCUGGGCCCAUACUUUAGUGAGUGACUUUUAACUAGGGCUCUUUAUUUUUCCUUUGGGGCUACUAUUGUUGUGUGUGUUUCAGUGGUUUCUGUCCUGGCCUCACUUGUGGUACCCUUGAUCAAAACUGCUCAUUGUUUCUGGUUAGAGAGAAGCCAUUUAGAAAUAAGCAUUUCACCAGAACAAAAAUUAACUGCAGUUCUGGCUCUCAAUUUUAUUAAAAAAAAAAAAAUAGGCAAAUGUCUUAGGAAGUCUUGAUGGUUUCUAGGAAAUCAGUAUGUUUGCAACAUAGGAAAUCUCAUGGGAUAAGGAGGGCACAAAUGAUGAUAAUGUAAAUAGGGGUUCUGUUUUACAUGUCACUUGUCUCAUCCUGUUUCCCACCUAUUUAAUCUUCUCUUUUAAGUUAAAUUUAUGGAUUUGCACCUAACUUGUUGGGAGACAAAAGUUCUUAAUAAACCAGUACUGAGAAAUAGGAAGGGAUGCUAAAAUGUUUUAUUUUUUAGUUGAAGGGUGACACAUUUAAUAGGGCGUGUAUUUGGGUUUUGUUGUUGUUUUGUUUUCCAGUAGCAUAUACAUAGGUGCACUGAGGUUGUACUAUAAGAAAAUAUCUUUAGGGUGUCCCUCCAAAAUAUACGAGCCUUAAACUUUUAACUUCAAGGGAGGCAUAUAUAAAACAGAUCUAGUUUCCUGCAAAGGCUAUAGUCAAAUAUCCGUAAUUUGAAAAAUUGUUUCGUAAAAUGCAUACAUCUCUGUGGAGGUGGAGUAUAAAUCUUGGGCUUAAGAUGUCAAGAAACAGCCUUGAAUAAUGCUUAUGUUCCUUGUCUUACGGGUUAUAAUUUACAAAUUUUCAUCAGAUGGAAUCUGAAAACUUGUUGACUACCUUUGUUAUAAAUUCUAUUUUAAUAUUGCAUUAUAUUAAUGGCUUCCUAGUUAGUACAUUCCAGUUCUUUAUCUGAAAUAUAAGGUUUUUGCUUUUGUUUCUGAUUUCUUGGACCAGCUAAAUAAAGCACUUAAGAUAUAGUUUCUAUGUGGUCAUAAACUAUAUAGAAUAAUUGUUAUGCAAAUUAUUAAAUGGAUAUACAAACCUUUUAAAAACUAAGAUACCUCUGUGGUGUCUACUACAGUGCUUUUUUACCCCUAAUUUUGUUUAGACCCUUGUAGAUAUCUAAGUAAUAUAUAUAUUCCUUACUCAGGUUAGCUGGUUAGCUAGCAAAAAAAUUCAGUAUUUCUGAUAUUUAGUUGCAAACUUUACUAAAGCCAUAUUCAUUAUCUUCCUUGUUAUCAAGGCUGUUGACUUUAAAUAAAGAUUAGGUUCAUUCAACAUUAUUAACACUGCAUGUGUGUGUGUGUGUGUGUGCAUGUGUGUUUUCCUCUGUGUGUAAGUUUGUUGGAAUACUCUUUCUACAUAUUUUCAUUCAUCCUAUAACUUUCUGGAGGGUUAGGCGUGUAGAGGGUAGUAAAGAUUAUUUUAUUUCUUAGGUUAAGUCUUUAAGGUAUUUUAUUAGUUUUCCUAAACAUAAAGCAGUUUUUUCCCAAAUACUUAUGGCAGGUAAGAAGAUUUUUGUAAAUAAUAAAUUAGCACCAUUUUUGGUAAAAUAGCAUUCAAUUAUUUUUUUGAAUAGGUUUAUUGUCAUGUAAAGCAAAACUCAAAAUUUACACUUGGCAAAGGUGCGAUAUUUGUUUUUGGAGUUCCAAGAGGUAUUUUUCUUGUCUUCCACCUUUCAAUAAAUACUAAGAUUGAUAACCAUAA